UCGAAGCCUUCUUGUAUUAUUUAUAGAUGAAUUAAAUCGUUACUAUAUCUCCUCUAAGGUCAAAAACUAUCAGCUUGUUACAAAGGAGAAAUAAGUUGGCUAAAAUGAUAAAAAAUAUGAAUGAAAAGGGAGUGGUUUUUCCCAUAGAUUAGGAAAAACCUGAAAAUUGUACCUAUUGUAGUUUUAAAUAAGAGUGUUAUGCAUAGUAGAUCUGCUAAGAUUUCGAAUAAAUAAAAGAUUUAGAAGAUUUAGGGGAUAAUGGAUAUUUUUUAGGCUAAAAAUUUGAAGAUUUUCAUGAAUUUUUUAGAUGUUUGGAUUUUUAGUGUAGGUAGUAUUUAAAAAAUUGGUUUUUUUAUUUGGAAAAAGAAUAAUAAAACAACAAAAAUGAUGUUUUUAGCGAAUUUCUGGAAGAUUUUGAAUUUUAAAUGAAAAAAGAAGGUGAAAAUUUCAUUUUUUUUUUGGAAAAUGAAAAUGAAGUUUUUAUUUAAGAAAUUUUUUAAAAAAUCAAAAUUGGUGAAAAUUUAAAUUUUAAAGGAAAAAAAUCCAGUUUUUUUAAAGGAAUUUUAGAACAAAAAUCUAUUGAUAAAAAUAAGCUAUUUUUAAAUAUAAAAAGUUCUUAAUUUUUACAAGAAAAUGAAAAUUCGAUUUUUAUCUUAGAAAUCUAAUAAAAAAAUUUUUUGGGUGAAUAAAGGCAUAAUGUUUUCAAUUUUAUUCUUAAUUAUGUAUAUUUAGUAAACCCAAAGAAGCUUUAAUUAUAAAUUGUUGAUUUCGAAGAACUCAAAGUGUAAAAUAAAGAGUUAUUAGAGGUUAUUUUAGAAUAAAAAAAGCCUAGUUAUGUAAAAGAAGAAAAAUUUGAUGAUAUUUUUAGUAAAAUUUUAAAUGGAAAUUCAAUUAAUUGUGUUCUAUUUUAUUCCGAGAAAAAAAAAUUGGAUUUUUUUUCAGAUUUAAUACAUAUUCUUUAUCAAGAAAAAAAAAAAUUCUAAUAUGUUCUUUUAAUAAUAUAGAUUUAGAUAAGUUAAUAAUAAAUGUUAUGUAAAAAUAUCCUUUUUUAAUUGAUUUUUCUGUAAGAAAAAGCUAAAGCAAAUCAAUAGUAUUAAAA